AGGCGCGUUAUAGGAUGGGUGGAAAGGAGGAGAGUGUGAAGGAGGAGCGGAACAGCAGAAUGUGAGGGAUCUGGAAAAGAAGAGAGGAAAUCCAGCGGAUGAGUGAGUACUGAUGGGCGCUGGAGGGGGGAGAGAGGAGCGGUCAGGCCCAGCAGCGCCUUGAUGGAGCAUGGGUCAGGUUUUAGGAUUCUCCCACUGCAAGGAGUUUGGCUCUGUCUCCUCAACACCUGACUCUACUCCUCCCUGUACAGAUGGUGGUAAUGAGGAGUCAGAUUUCCCGGAGCUCCUAACAGCACGGGAGUGGUCUGAGGAUGAAGAAGGCCCUGAAGAUGACUUUAGUAGUUCCUCCAUGUGGGGUACCCCCCGGCAGAACUCCUUUGAGCUCACAUUCUCAUACAUUGCCUUCUCCGAGGGCGAGAGCUCCGGACGGAGAGACUCAGGCAGACGGAGAACAGGAGGGAGAGGAAGACAAGGCUCAUUACGUCGUAUGGACACUGUGGAAACCUUUUUACCUCCAGACUCCCCCGUUGUCGAGUGGGACCCCCUUGCCUUCAUGAGUGGAGAGGAGGAGGAGCAGAUUGUGGAAAACCAACUUCCUGAAUCAGUGGAGAGCCACAGUCGAACUAUAGAGUCCUCUGCUCAGGGUAUAGACUACGCUCCUAAUGAUGAAUUACAGUGCGAAAUAGAGGAGAUCACAUUACAGGAGACAUGCUAUGUUACAAAGAGUUGUGAAGCUAAACGGCUUCAGUCAUCAGAGCCAUAUGUUGGCACAGAAUCCACAGCCACAUCGCAAACUGAGGGAGACGCGCCACAAACAUCACAAAAUCCCAUUGAUCAAAACACUCAGGAAGAGCCCACCAGGGAACAGUGGUUUUCUACACUUAAUCUAUCAGAGUGGCCAACAAUACACAUCCAGAUCGCAGUAACGGAUCUGAUCUACUGGAAAGACACUGAGCGGACAGGCAUGGUGUUCACCGGCCUGGUGGUGGGCCUGCUGUCUCUCUUCCAGCUCAGUAUCAUCACUGUGCUCUCCACUCUUUCGCUGGCUAUUGUGUGCUUUACCAUUUCUGUGCGAAUCUACUGCAACUUGCUGCAUGCUUUUCAGCUCAGAGAUGGGGCACACCCCUUCCAAUCUUAUCUAGAAGUGGACAUCGGUCUGUCUGGAGAACAAGCUGAACACUAUAUGCAGAGAGCUAUAUUCCUGUGCUUUGCUGCUCUGGACACACUGAAGCGCCUCAUCUUCGUAGCUUGCCUGUUUGACUCUCUUAAGUUCCUGUUGUUGAUGUAUCUGGUGACGUAUCUGGGAGCUCUUUGCAAUGGCCUUACUUUGCUUAUUAUCGGUGUGAUUGCUAUCUUCUCUGUCCCUCUCUUUUACAACCGGCACCAGGAAAAAGUGGACAACUGGGUUGCAAAGGUUCAAGCUCAUGUUGACAACAUUAAGGACAUCCUGAAUCGAUUGGCCCAGGGUGGUGGCCCUGCCCCUGAUCCCACCCCAGGCGGCGCCAAACCCAAAUCCCAGUGAGGCGUCUUGGAGGUGGAGUGAAAGAAAAUUAGGGUGGAGCAAUAGGCUGUCACUAUGAUGUCUUAAUCAAUUCUGUUUUUCAGAGCGCCACUUUCAGAUUUACUAGAACAGGGACUAAUAAGAUACUGUGUAAAAAAAGAGUGAAUUAGAGGAGAGAAGGUAGCAUUGGUUUUUCAAGAGUCUAAAAUGACUCUUUUGAUGCAUGAUGAGAUUCCGCGGGACGACAAACAAAAGUAGCAGGGCCUCGAAAUCAAUCAGUGGAUUUCUGAAAGUUGUCUGGAAAAGAGGAAAUUGACGACAUCAACGAACCUACAAACUUGAACAUAUGAGGUGAUGCACAAGAACAUUUAAAAAUAAGAGACUGGGGUUUGCAUAAUGAUGAGCCAAAUUCAAGAAACCCCAGGCCCAGUUUACUGAAUCAUCCUUCACAUUUGACAGUUUUUAAUGAGAAUGUCAUGUGUAUAUCUGUGUACACGUACAUAUGUGCAGUUAAGAUCUUACGAAUUUAUCCUGUUACAUCCUGAGAUCUGAGAUCUAUUAAAACUCCUGUAUCAUUUCCUUUUUCCAACAUUUUCUUUGUGCUAUUUUAAUGCCUCUUUAAAAUAAGAAAAUUAUGUUUUUCUUUCAACAUUACAAUAUAGCUAUAGUGAACAGAUGUACAUCUGUCUCUUAAAUAAAUUGGUUCCUUGAGGGUUAUUAUGGUUAAAUAAAUGGUUCUAAUAUCUCCACUGUAUUAGACACACACUCUGUUUACAUUAACACCUUUCUGAAUCCCUCAAGUGAAACUUUCUUUAUUGAGAUACACUGUAUGCCCAAAGGUAUGUGAACAUUCAACCAUCACACCCAUGUGUGUUUUUUGAACAUAGCAUUUUAGAUUUAGUCUCAAUUUGCUGUUGUCCUAUAUUCUGGUAAGGCUUUUUACUAGAGUUUGGAGCAUAGCUGUGGGGAUUUUUUGUUCAUUCAGCCACAAGAGCAUUAGUCAGCACUGAUGUCAGGCGAGGAGGUCUGGUGUGCAGUCAGUGUUCCGGUUCAUCUCAAAGGUGUUUUGCAGGGUUGAGGUCAGGAAUCUGUAACAGGCCACUUGAGUUCUUCCAUCUCAACCUUCGACAAACUUGUCCAUACAGAGCUCACCUUGUGCACAAGCCCAUUAUCAUGCUGGAACAGGUUUAGGCUUCUUAGUUCCAGUAAAUGGAAAUAAUAAUGUAACGUAAGUAAUCGUUUAAAUAUAUGAUAACAAUCUACUUAAAUUUGUAAUCGAAAUUGGCUGAGAGCUCGUCCAUCGUUUUUUACAAGUCGGAGAAGCUUCAGAAAAUAUGCAGUCAUUUUCAGUAUUGAUGUUACUUGGUUCAUGCGGUGCUUCGUGGCAUUGUUAUAUAAAGAGUAAAGGUUCUGGUGCACUGGAAGGCUUUUACGAUUAAUACAGUCCGUAAAAUGUCCCGUUAUCUGAACGGUGCCAUGAUUACUAAUCUAGGAAGCUGACUGAGACACACCCAUACAAUCGUGUGCUUCCAACAGUUUGGCUUUCAUAUGGGUGUAAAGGUCGUGUGUCCACUUACUUUUAGCAUAAAGUGUAUAUUUUUCACCUUUCUCUAGUGCACAAGCCCUGUAGUCACCACCUGUCUUGCACAAUUUAGUGUUUUCCCUACGAUAACACAUCCCCUUCAGUAUAAAGUACAUUAAAUGAACAUCUCUGUUCAUCUAAUGCUCGUCAGAUGUGUGUAAGAAUACGGUGUAAUAUUUACAUGCAUAAAAAUAGUGAUGAGAAUGCUGUACCUCCAAAGUAUACACACAAAGCUCUAAAUUCAAAUGGAAAUUCAAGCUCAUCACUAGGUAAUGCACAUGAUGUGCAUGAUGACAUGUGAGCUCUAAUCCAAACAGAAAGUGGAAAGCAGUAUGACUGCUGUUGUGUUACUGCUGCCAUUUAGACCGGAGACCUGAUGUGUGUGACUCCAGUCAUAUGGUUUGGAUUACAGUGUAUAUGAUGUCUCUAAAAGAAAUUGUUUCUAAUCUUAAAGAAUAAAGUUUAUUAGGAAUAGACAUCCAGUGUUGCUGCAAUGCUAAUAACACUCACUUAGUGCCAGAUGUGAUCUAGAACAGAGGUAGUAACUCUACGGUGUUGUAACUCUAUGAUCUUACAAAGUGUCAGAACAAAGUCCUUGUGAUUGCAUAUUGAUCAAGCUUCUCCCUCAAACCUUAAAUUAGGCCCUUAUCUUUGUUAUUUUUUAUUUUUUUUAUUUUUUUUUUAUAAACCUGAUCUUAAUUGUUUUGGGAAAUAUCUGGGCCUGGUUUUGGACAGCUUUCUACAGACACUGCUAUCUGUUACUGGAAGCCUAAUAGAGGAAUGCAGUAAUCUUAAUUCAUAUACUGUAAGAGUGCUAUAAAUGUAAUCAGAGAGAUAUUGUGGUUGCUUGCUGUGCCCAAACAAGUUCCACCAUUCUGCACUGUUUUUCACACGUUCAUCAUAUUCUCCUAAACUAAUAAACAAAAAUUUGAUACCAGUAUUUAACUUAGUCAAAUAAUAAAUUGUUCUAUAUCUCACCAGAUCCUGCACAGCAAAAUCAGCAGUGUUAUAGUUACAUCUAGAAGACAGCAUGGAUUUGUGAAUUUCCUGUUCUAAGACACCACAAUGUGUGUUAGAUCAUGAAAAUCAAUCAACUUUACUGAAAUGCGCCUAUCUAGGGCUGGAAAUAGAUACCAUGCUGUAUAAAUGCUAGGACGUUUGCUCUAUGAACACCUCCGUAUUUUUUCUUUUAUCCUAAAAUACUAAACAUGGUCUUUUUUGUAUUUUCAAAAAGCAAAGACAAAUCUUGAUUCUUGCAAUAAUAUGAUGGAAAUACACAUUAAAGUGGUCUUAAAAUUA